AUGUCUACCACAGAUCCGGUCAACCCUCCAGGCGAGCCAGCCCCAGAACUACUCGAAGGAAGGAUCUGGGUUGAUGGGUGCUGGGACUUCUUUCAUCACGGCCAUGCCGGAGCCAUGCUUCAAGCCCGCCAACUCGGCACUGAGCUCUAUGUCGGUGUGCACUCUGAUGAGGCCAUUCUUGAGAACAAAGGCCCGACAGUCAUGACUUUACAAGAAAGGCUAUCUGCUGUUGAUGCAUGCCGCUGGGUGACUGCAUCAGUCGCAUACGCGCCGUAUGUCACACAGCUCGACUGGAUCAGCCAUUACGGAUGCAAAUACGUCGUCCAUGGAGACGACAUCACGUCCGACAGCAGCGGCGAGGACUGCUACCGCUUCGUGAAGCAGGCCGGGCGUUUCAAGGUUGUUAAGCGGACUCCUAGCAUAUCGACAACAGACCUUGUCGGCCGUAUGUUGCUCUGCACGAAGACUCACUUCAUCAAAUCGCUCAAAAAGAGGCUUGACGGAGAGGAGGGCCAUGGGAGUGACUCGGAGCGACAGGCAGAGGGCAAGGCCAUGCGAGAGAGGAUGGAGCUGUACGCCACAGACGAGACUGCUCUGGCCCCUGGCGCCGAUGUAUGGUUUUGGUCUGCAUCCAAAGAGGCGAAGAGAGACGACUGCUCUGAGGAGCAAGGCUCCUUCAAUUCACUAUUCAAAGGCCCUGGGCCGAAGCCUGGCCAGCGAGUGGUGUAUGUGGACGGCGGCUUCGAUCUCUUCUCCAGUGGUCAUAUCGAAUUCCUGCGAUUGGCUGUCAAGGCAGAAGAGGAGCUCGCUGAGAAAGAGGGAUGGUACUCUCAGCAAGCCAAGGAUGAGAGAAUAGGAAAAGGCUCAGACUACGGCCCGGUGUUCGUUGUUGCUGGCGUCCACGACGACGAAGUCAUCAACCAUUGGAAAGGAGUGAACUACCCAAUCAUGAACAUCUUCGAGCGGGGUCUCUGCGUCCUGCAGUGCAGGUACGUAAACGCCGUUGUCUUCGGCGCUCCCUUCACCCCAACUAAGCCAUACUUGACCUCGCUGCCUUGGGGGACCCCCGACGCCGUCUAUCACGGACCGACAUCAUUCAUGCCGUUGACAUACGACCCUUACACGGCUCCUAAAGAGAUGAAAAUUUACCGAGAAAUCGGGGCCCACGACUUUGAAGAGGUCAAUGCGGGUACCAUUGUGCAACGUAUCAUGAAAAGCCGUGCAAUGUAUGAGGAGCGCCAGCGAAAGAAGGGCGAGAAGGCAGACGUGGAAGCAGCUGCUCGCCAGCGAGAAAUCCUAGAGGAAGAGCAGAGGCGCAGAGAAGCUGCGAAUGCGGCUUGA